AUUGUGCAGUCUUGGCAGGCAAAGCAGCUUCUUUUACUUAAAACCCAUUAAGCACUAAUUAAUUAACAAGUAGAGGAGGUAAAUCAAGAUAAACGUGCGCUUGCUUUUUUUAAAUGCUUUUGUAACUGUCCAGUCUGAUGUAGCAAUGGGGGAAAAAAAUCCCAUUGUUCCAGCAAUGGCAGAACCUAACAAAAACCAACUGAGAUGACUUAAUGAAUUGAGUUGGCCAACUGCUAGAAACAGAGACCAAUAACCUCCAAAACUUACAGAAUUACACAAAUGAGAAGCUGAGAUCCUGAUUUACACUUGGUUUUUUCCAGGGGGGUUUGAAAUUAACCACCUAAUAUGUUCAAACUUGGAGAAAUGGGCUUGACAAAAAAGUUGUCAACCUGCCUUAAACUUGUUAUAAAAUCCAAGCCGAUGACAAGUUUCUGUAACACUCAGAAAAGAUUAAUUUAAAUGGCAAAGCAAUGGCAGGUUUUUGCAGCGGCAAUUGUUUUGGUAUUUGAACCUUUGGCUUCAGCUGCAUCUUUGGUCACAUUUGUUUUUGGGGACUCAUUGGCAGAAGUUGGAAACAACAAUCAUCUGCAGUAUUCUUUGGCAAGGUCAGAUUAUCCCUGGUAUGGGAUUGAUUUUACUGGGAGGCAGGCUACCGGAAGAUUCACAAAUGGAAGAACCAUUGGGGAUAUUCUAUCUGAAAAGCUUGGGAUUUCAUCACCACCACCUUAUCUUUCCUUGUCACAAAAUGAUGAUGCAAUCCUUCAAGGGGUGAAUUAUGCUUCCGGUGGAGCAGGAAUUCUCAAUGAGACAGGGCAAUAUUUUGUUCAGAGAUUGACCUUUGAUGAUCAGAUAAAUUACUUCAAAAAUACAAAGGAGCAAAUCAGGGCUAAAAUAGGUGAAGAGGCUGCAAACAAGCUUUGCAAUGAGGCUAUCUACUUCAUUGGAAUUGGCAGUAAUGACUAUGUAAACAAUUUCUUGCAGCCCUUUCUAGCAGAUGCGCAACAGUAUACACACGAUGAAUUUGUUGAACUUUUGACUUCAACCUUGGAGCGACAACUUUCGAGGCUUUACCAACUUGGGGCAAGAAAGAUUUUGUUCCAUGGCCUUGGGCCAUUAGGCUGCAUUCCUUCCCAGAGAGUGAAAUCGAACACAGGCCAAUGCUUGAAGAAAGUGAAUGACUGGAUGAUGGAAUUCAAUUCCCAAGUGCAAGACCUGAUAACAUCUCUAAACAAACGCCUCCCCAAUGCACAGAUGAUGUUUGCUGACACAUAUCCAGCAGUUCUUGAUUUGAUCAUCAACCCAACAGUCUAUGGUUUUAAGAUCUCUAACACAUCAUGUUGCAAUGUUGACACAAACAUUGGUGGUUUAUGCUUGCCAAACUCAAAACUAUGCAAUAAUCGCAAAGAAUAUGUAUUUUGGGAUGCUUUUCAUCCAACAGAUGCAGCAAAUGAAGUGCUGGCUGAGAAGUUGUUAUCCAGCUUAUCUUCUGCCACUGCUCCUUCCCUUCCACCAAAGCCACAGUGACUCGUUUCUCAAAACCUUUUGUGUUAAUGAUUGUUAAAAGUUUUUAAAACCAUUUUAUAUCAUUCGCACUGCUUAAAAAGUAAAAUGUAGCGAUCUGUUUUACCCCUAUUGAGUUUCAACAUGUAACUUAGCUGCUUUAUAUCAAUAAAUACCCUAAAAUUUUCCAUAAAACUUGGAAUUUUGAAGAAAAGUAAAACCCUUAUAUUCAGUUUUAAUAGUAGUUCCUUUUCUUUUAAGAAAAAUGUAGUUGAAGUUUGGGAUCAGACUGACGUGCAAAAAACAAUUCUUCAAAGCUUGCUCAGAUACUAUCCAGCAAUUAAGCUGUCAUCAUUUCCCAAUUUCCACAGUUGAAAAUGUCAAUUUCUCAAAACUGAAUAAUAAAAUCCAUCAAGGAACACUAUUAGAAGGCAAAACUAUCAAAGAUUGUCAGCUAAAGGAAACAACAAAAAGACCCAAAUAGCUCAAAUGCCUGACAAACUUCUAACCUAUAAAAGAAUUGUCAGAAACAUGUUAAAAAAAAAACAAAAUUUCACUUAAAAUAAAAGUGAAAAUUUAAAAACAAAAGAAAAGAAUCCAUAUUUACACUUAAAACAAAUAACCCAUAUGAAAAAUUUAUACAGAAAGAACAUUUUUUUCCUCUUAAAAAAUCAGAAACACAAAACCAAAUCAAUAUUUUUCCACAAUCAGAGAAACAAUAUUCAUAUGAAACAAGAAAAAGGAAAAACAAAGGGAUUAAUUGCUCUCAGUUGAAAGGCCAAGGUUUUCCACAUCAGAGACCAAGAAGAAGGUAAUUUUUUUCUCUAAAAUUUAAGACAAAAGAAAGCCAAAAUCUUCAAGUGCUUGACAAAUGCUUUCUUCCAUA